AUGACGUUCUUCAGGCGUUCUUUGCAAUCGUCCAAAAGCAACUCAACAACCAGCAUAUCCUCGUUGUACGCCACUCCAAACAGCGUCGACACUCUGACGCCCGAGUUUGUGCCGGAGGUGAUCGAUGACGAGUUGAACAGUCUGCAUUUCAAAUUCACAAACUUUGCACUCGACGAUGAGGUCGUCGAUAUCGCUUCAGAAACUGCCACCGAGGCCUCCGGCGUGGCAACCAUGAAAACUUCGCCAUCCUUGCGCACUGGCUCCGACGUCAAAUGGUGUGUGCUACUUGUCGGACUUCCUGCUAGUGGCAAAUCCACCGUUGUUCGUCAGCUCAAGCAGUAUCUAACAACCGGAACCAAGCAAAAAUGCAGAGUUGAGAUAUACAACGCCGGGAAUGUGCGCCGGUCGCAGCACCCGAAGAGAGCAGAUAGUGGAUUUUUCGAGUUCGGCUCUACUUCAACAAACGGAAGAUUGCGAGAAACGUUCGCAAGAGACACUCUGGCUAUGCUAUUGGGAGACUUGCAAAAUGACCACGUUGACAUAGGCAUCUUGGACGCAACUAACUCGACGCGUGAAAGAAGAAAGUCUUUGCUGGAGCAAAUUCAUGCUGUAUCACCAUCUACCAAUAUCCAAACAUUGAUCCUGGAAGUUCAGUGCACUAAUAAGUCUAUGCGUCGUUUCAACAUCGAGAGGAAAGCCCAGAAUGCAGACUAUAUUCAUAUUCCUCGAGACGUUGCCGUUAAAGAUUUCUUCAACCGUGUCCAAGUUUACGAGUCACACUUUGAACCUGUCUCUGCUCAGGAGUUAGCCUCUUUAAAAUUACCAUAUUUAUCAAUGAUCAACGUUGGUGAAGAAAUCAUUUACAACUUCGAAAACGCAAAGCAAACUGACUUUUCAUUAGAAGAUCCUAUAUUCCUUUUGAUAUGUUCAUUCGUUACGGAAUACCGGACCCAAUACGCCCCCACAUACCUGAUGACGUUAAAAUCAUUCUAUGCCAGUGAGUAUGCCCCAUUAGUGAGCACUCCCUUAGCUUUUGCUGCAACCUCCGCUGAGACAGCUUCCACACAGUGA